AUGGGAGAUUCAACAAAGUGUGCUAACGUAGGUAGUAGUUUUACCCACGCUCCUAUUCAGCCUGUUGUCGAGCAAAGUAUAAUUUAUGGAGCUAAGUCGGUUUAUACCUACCCGGCUAACACGUUCAGAAAUAGCUACAAAAAAAGAUGUAAUCGGCAUUCGAGAAAUUCACUCAGCAAAGUGUCGGAAAAGGAUUCAGAUGAGUCAUUUCAUUCGGCAGUUUCUUCAAGUAACACCAGUUUUACUGAAUAUAUGGCCUCCUCAAUAUUACCGACAUCAUUGUUAUUAAAUAGUUACUCGCAGUUUCUCCGCUCAGGCUGUUUUAAAACCUUAUCUGAUACAAGCGUUUCUGCCAAGGAGUUUGUUAUGUCAACUCCUACCGGUGCCCUUUCUUUCGAGGAGAUAAGCAGUGGAAUUAAUGCAUUGAGAACCCCGUGUUUGGAGAGGCGACGUACUGCACAAAGUGUAAAAGCCUCACCAAGCAGUUCAUUGAAAAUAGAAUCUUCUUGGGAACGAGAUUCUUUCACAUACGGUGUCGAUAAAUUUGCUUUGUAUGUUCAAGGGUCACUAACAUCUGAUAUUCAGUUUUUUAUAACCCCUCUCUCACUGGAGGUUAUCGAAAGACUUGCUGACCAGUAUUUUGAAGCUUCACUAACGACACAUCCUGCGCUUAUUGUGCAACGUUUGUAUGCGUCUUGCUCUUUGUCUCAUCAUGCUCAACCUCUGAAUAGGGCAUUAGACUCUAACGAUAUAGAAAAGAGGCAGGUUUUUUGUGAUAUAUCCUUCCCCAGUAUUCGAGGGAUCUCUUUCCAAUGUGGAUUGUUUGAAUCCGUUAUUCGUAUAAAGCAGCCUUUGGAACCUCGUUGCAGCUUGACUACCCUGAAUGUCCAUAGUUCACUCGGGCUGUUGUCGACUAGGCAGAGUUUGGAGAAUGAAGUAAAGUUUUGUGUGGAUCUUGAGCAUUUGAAUGUGAAUGCACAAGUAUUUGACCUGGAAUUGGCUAGAAGAACUGAUCUUUUAACCAGUAACACCUCACCAAGCAUUUACUUCUUUGAAGGAAGUGCUUUGGGUCUUAGUGGAAAGCUCGAAAAAUGCACCUUGCAAAACAUCGUCGAUGCUAGCAUAAAUGACGUUUCGUUGUAUUUCAAUUCCGGCCCUGGUGCUACUCCUGUGGACUUGAAUGCUAGUGCAAACUACACCGAAGUUACUGUGGGCUCCUUAGAGUUCUGUUUCCAACUUUGGCAGUCGCUUGAUUCAGCUGAUCGGAAACAACGGCUGUUUUAUGAGGUUAUAACUGCAUUUGGUGCAUCGUGGAUUUCGUCCAUUUGUCGUUUGAAAACUAUAGUUGGCUUAGGCCUUACUCGUUCAGACAAACGCGUUGACCUUGAGUUCGCUAAACUGCUAAAUACAGUGCUGGACUACGACGAUGCACAGGUGUUUCAUUGUCAGACAAGUUGCUUUUCAAAGGUAAAAUUACGACCAAGUACUCAUCAUUCGUGCCCCAGCUGUCUACUCGCAAUUAUCUUAUUACAAUACUGCAUGACUACCGAUGUUUCUGGAUUCCAAGAAGGGUUAUGUAUUCCAGACGUUUAUUUGCUGGAAUCUCAGCGAAAACAUGCUGUUGUUGCUCUUUUAAGUCACUGGCAGACUAUUAUUUGCUCGCAAGUUCAGGUGGUCUCUGCUAUCUUGUUGGACACUAGUGUUGCAAAGCAGUUUGUAUCUGAAGUUUGCAAUAAUCGAAAGGAAGUUAAAAUUUCUGUUGAGAAUGAUAACAACAAGUUAGCUACUUCUAAUAAUGGCGAGAAAAGUGCAAGAUCAACUGUAGAAAGCGAACAAAUGGAUCUUUAUCACUGGAUAUCUGCCAGGCGUAAAGAACAUCGAGAAGCUUCCAAGAGAAGUGUUCAUAGUAAGAAGACCUUAGAUGAUUGUACACCUGUAAAUCCAAUGGAGAUUACACUCCUAGCAUUUUUCUGGCCUUUAUUUCAGAAAAGAAAACUGGCUCCUUCAGGAUUUGAUGCAUUUCCAGUUGGUCCAGUUACUGUAUAUUUUUCGAUGAAAAUGGCAGAAUGCAAGGUGGAUUUGAUUGAACCUCGUCUGGUAACUUCGUCGAGUCUCAACUAUAUCUCAGUAGCACGUGACCGUCUCUUCCACUUGGAGUCACUAAAUGUUAAGGGGCUCGUACACGCUUAUAUCCAUAUGGAUGAGAUGAAAUUGAGGCCUGUUAAGUUUGAUGCUGAAGUUUCCCAUUCAAGUAGUAUACAGAAUAUACGAUUGGCUUUGUCUUGGACAUCGGUUUAUCUAUUCCGAGACAUUUCUUUGAUGGUCAGAUCAGUACAAGGGUUAAUUGGUCAUUUAAACGCCAACUCAAAACUGGAUAACUCCCCCAAACUGUCCUUGGACGCUGAAAAUGUCGAGUUGUCCGUCAGUUGUGAAAGGUUUGCAGCUAAUGGAGAAUGGAUCAGAAACGUUCUCAUUGCUGAAUUUGUUUCAUACUUUCUCAAUUCGUAUUUUAGAGGGGUUGACAGAUUUUCAAAAUUUGCUUUGUGUAACUCCCGCGUGAAGUUUGAAGGAAAUGUUAAUCUAAAAGUUGUAAUGCUGGAAAUGGCAUUUACGCAAUUAUUCCUUUCUACCACUUGUAAAAAAUUAGAGAUUAAUCUUAAAGUCGUGCGGGAACAACAGAAACUGGGAUUAUUCUUGUUGCAAAACGUCAUUGCGUCAGUUCAGCGCGCUAACUUAAUAUUAUCCGAAUUGAUUUCUGGUCUGGACGCUACUCACAUAUUAAAUUUCUCCGUCAACACUAAUGCUCUUAGAUUUGAACGCGUUAGGGAAAUAACUGGCUUGGUACACAGUUCUGCAGAAGUAAGCGUCGGUGAUAUAGAAGGUGAUAUACCUAUGCAUGCCGAGAGCUUACAUGAAGUAGUGAUGCGAAACGCUUCUAAGUUAAAUGAACAGAUCAAUCGCUUGGAAGAGGAUGAUAUUUCGGCUCAUGAAUCACAAGAUGUUAGUCCUAAAAAACGGAAGCAAUUAUUUAUUAUUCGGUUCGCUGUGAGUGUAAAUAGUAUUGAGCUAAAUGCUUUGAUACUACCGUCAUUGAAAGCGAAGUAUCGUCUAGAGCGAGCGACUAGCAGCGGAAAAACGGGAUCUGAUGCAGAGUUCUCUGCUGAACUCAAAAGCCACAUUGUAAAUUUUACUGUUGUUCCACAUGCGGAGCAUCGGCGAGCUUCACUUUCAUCGGAAUCUUUUUCCUUGCCACUGCCGUUUAUUAUUGCUAACGGAAAGUACAGAGUCCAGUCGAGUAACAUAGUCACCACUGACGAUGCAAUAAACUUUUAUGAAGGAGGAUAUUUUGACGUAGACUUAACAAUCGGUAAGAUGGACUAUGUCAUUACAACGGAUUUGUUGAAUCAAGUUCUAUUUGCCGAGCAGUGCUUUCGUUCCGAACUUUCUGUAUUUUUGGACGGACUUACUGGUAGUCGCACUUCAUGCAGCACAACUUCAGCGAAAGAGCUAAAGUCUGUUCGACCCUCAGUUCUGUAUACUAUCCAGAUACAUGGAGAAUCAAGUCCUUGGAUUCAAUUGACCGCAUGCACUCCAGCUGCAACGGCGGUUAGGCUGACGUGUGGGAACAUUGCAGCAACACUAACAAACAGAUGGGUGCGGAAAGAUGUUAAUGACAAGUCGGGAAGGUUGUAUGGAAAAGCACUACUUGAUGUUGGUGCCAAGUUAGGGCAGUUGGUCAAAACAGCAAUGUUUGAAGAAAUUGAAACUGAACUUCAGGAAUACGCAACAUUUACGACACAGAUAACUUUACAAAACAAAGAUAGCAAUGUUCAUUCAUCGUACAACUAUGUGAUUACAGUUGAUCGACCUGUAUUACUAAUCAAAUCGACCGCAAUUGAUAAGGCUAUACUUCUAUGGUUGAAUUAUAAAAACACUUACAACUACUGGCACGGGGAAAGGGACAAACUUUUGAAAAAGAAACAGAAAAUUUCUUUUUCGGCAUCCUCUUUUGGGACUUCACCGGUCUCAUUUCAUAAUGCAACUUCAACCUCCGAACCAGAAAUGAACGUCAGCCUCUCCUUGAAAGUAACUAAUGGAGCGUAUGUUUGUAUGCCUCUCUACGGUCCAGAAGUUAGCGCUAAUAUGGCAGCACUUAUUAUAUCAUUGAAAAGCACAGACAUUACAGUUUGCGUGCGGAAAGAACUGGCCUGUCAAGCGGCUUUCCAUAACUUUAAAGUCCAAUUUAUGGACAAUUUUGACGAGCAGGCUUUACACGACGAAUGGCUGGAAAAAGACCCCAACGAUUCCUCUCGAUCAAAUUACUUUUUUUUCCCAGAAGGUACUUGCCAGUUUAUUUCACAGGCCUGUGAUGCCACAAAGAGUAAUGAACGAGCGAAGUGGACUCUGUCGGUAAAGUGGCAAAUGCAGGGGAUGACGAUUGACCUUGAUCAUCGCAUUGGAAAACUAACGUCUUUGUUAAUAAGGACUUUCUCGUCUAUGGCAAGUGGAGAAAAUGACGAUUUCUGGGAUGGCUCAGACAGAGAAUCAUUUUCAUUUACCUCUGUCGAGGAAAGUGAUCGGGAUGACGAUAUUGAUGAAAUAGGCGAACUCAAAAACUUAGUGCAGAUCGAUGAUAGAAUCGAAUGGAUAGAGCGGAAGAUGCAUGAACAGUCCGUCCUUGUCCUAGAUUUGAUGCAAUGUCAUGCUAGCGAAGCUACAAUAGAAAAGGAACGUAGGAAGUUAAGGAGGUUUGAAAUGGCGAGGUCUAAAAUAUUUCGUAAAUCUGUCCUUAAGAAGCUCAAACGAAGCCACGCAAAAGAAAGGUCCCCGGUAUUGAAUCAGGUCGAAUUAGUUCCCAAGGCGACUAAAACACAUACAAGGACUUCAAGCUCAGGGUCAGCUGCUUUGUUAGCAGUGGAUUUAUCGCAGAACCAAAGCGCUUCUCGCUUAUCUGAUGUUGGUCAGGAGACAUCAGUCGAUAUGGAUAUUGAUGUGCAGAUAACCGUCGCCUCGGGGUCAUGUACAUUGCGAGCGGUAGCGAAACAAGAGGAUCAUAAUGCUUUAAUAAAACGUCCGUCUGCCAGAGAUUUGAAAUCAAAGUCAGCAUUGAAUGCUGAAAAUUUGUUGUUAACAGACUUGUCUAUUCCCAGUGUUGAUGUAAAGGCGUACUAUACAUCACUAGAUUCUAACUUCUCAAGUGUUAUUCCUCGUCAGUACUAUCCAAAACUGUCACACAAGCAAAUGAAACAAAGCUCACGGAGGAAACCAGCUUUCUACCUGGCCUUGGAAGUGUCGAGUAUGCCACAAGAAUCACUGAUUACCCCAAAUCUUGCUGACUAUCUUGAACAGUUGCUUGAACCGCUGCCGCAGAAUAGCCUUUUUGAUUCUUCCACAAAUCUGCAUACGUCGCCAAGGGAUGGUGAAGGCGUGUCAGAAGUUCCAAUCGUGGAAAUGGAUACAUCAGCUUUACCUAUUGAUGUAUUGUUUUAUUUAGUUGUUCAGUCUUCUACAAUACGAUUUGAAGGACAACAAGUUUUAGAAGCUUACCGUUUUUUUACCUUGAUAUUCUCUAGUCUACAGAAGCGCAGCGCAGCUGCUGAUUGUUUGUUAAAAUUACCAACCUUGACUCUUGUGGCAUCGACUAAACCAAUGGCUGAGUUUUCUGAAAUUCCAGACCAGGAGAUAGCUGGUAGUGGCAUACAUUUGUGUGCCACUUUGAACGCAUUUUCUUUGAAUGUUUAUAGCCCUCACCAACAGUCUACGGCUCAUGAUGCACUCUCGCUUACAUUAGAUAGACUAUGCUUAUUAAUGUCAAGAAGCAAGAAUGCGAAAAAUGAACAGGAUAAUAAAGUUCAGUUUGUUCUAACAGCAAAUAUUGGUUCCGCUAAUUUUAAUUAUGAUAUGCGUCGGCUAGCAGAAUUGAUUUCCUUCCCAAAACCUUGGUAUCGAAAAAACAUUAUUCGUCGACUUUUUAUUGGUGAACACUCAUUCAAAGACGUUGAAAUAAAGUGUUCGCCGUCUAGUGAAAGUGGCAUAAACGCUACGCCAUCAUCCUCUGGCGUAUUAGUUAAUAAGAAGGAAUGGAAAGCGAGCGUGCUGCUUGCUAUUGAAUGGAAGGAAUUAAAUAUUAAUGCACAGAUGGCUAACACAAUGGGAAGCACCAAAUUAGUUGUUAGGGAUGGUGUUUUACAAGGUUUCUGUGAGUUAAACUCAAGAACAGAGAAGAAUAUUUCUAUUAACUUUCGACUAAAAUCUUCAUCACUGCUUUCGCAUGGUGGCGCAAUAUCGGGACAGAUUACUAUUUUGGAUUUAGAUCUCAACUGUGCUCACAAAAGUUCCUGCAUGAAAGCCCCUGAGAAUCACGUUAAAAUGAAGUUCAACGAAAUUCAAUGUCGGGUGGAGUGGAUGAGUAGGACAAUUUUCAUUGGUCGCUGUCUCAGUCCAUCUAUAAAUUUUGAAGAUCAGUGGAUUGUUGCUUCAGAAGAUAGUGACUCUGUCAAUCGAGUGACUGUUUCUGUCAAUUUGAAUUGUUCCUGGAACGAUUUGCAAAUGAUAAUAACCAAAGUGACUGUGAAUGAUUUCAAGAAGAUUUCCGACAAACUUCAAUCGUUCUUUAAGGAGCAGUUGUCAAACAGUCGCAGGGUUUGGGGUAUAAAAGAUGAUCCAGUUGUGGAGGAGUCAAGCGAUGAAACGCAAGAUUCAAAAAGUUUGAUAGCUCGUCGCCGUUACCGGCAUUGGCCGGAUGUUUUAGACGCCCUAACUGAAAUUCAGUCGAAAUAUAAAAUUGUUCCAAUGCCAGUAGUUCAAGAGGGAAUAACUUCUGCAGGAGGAAGUAUUGAGCUGAAUGCGUGUCGAAUUUCAUUAGCCUGUAUGAAUGGCGAAAUGAACGCUACAAGCUGGGCGUUGUUUCACAUGAGAGAGGUGUCUGUUAUUUUUGUCCCUGAGGCGCAAUAUUCUUUUAUAUCUGGAAAUAAUGACAUUGGUGUUGUUGUUUCUCAAAGAGUGACAUGGAAAUUGGGUGAGCUUUCAACACUCCAGCGUGAGGAGGCUCCGGAAUCUUUGGCCGUUGUUUGUCGUGUGCAGCAAGGACGCGGAAGUAUGAUGCGGCAGACUAGUUCUAUAGGCGUUUGUCUGGAUCAUAUGAUUGGCGAUGCAUUAAGACAAUUAAAUCUUUAUCCGUACGAUACCAUGAAGCCAGCGGCCCAUCACGUAGUUCUUCCUCUUUUCCAGUUCCCCGCAUUCGAUGCAGUUUUUACUUCAUUGCAAGAACAAGCUACAGAUAUUGAUGAAUCAAAAGCAAUUGCUCCUGAGGUGCGUAAUUCACUUAUUUGUGAGUUUCAUGACACUGUUAACGUGCAAACUGAUUUCAACGCUCAAGUCAGCUUUCUUCCUGAACUUUUGAAGACUUACAUGAAGGUCGACGAGAGGCGAGUAAUAUAUAGUAGGACUGCAGAAGAAAAAGCUGCUGAUGUAACUCAUGAUUUUCGUCAUUAUUUUUGUGAAAUAUGGCGUGUCGAUCCAAAAAUUCGUUUUAUUGAUCGAUUCAAAUGGAACCCGCCUGUCAUUGAUGAAAUCCUUAGGAAGCUUCAGAUUUUUGACCAUAGAAUGACAAUUCCAAAGGCGCUCCAGCGGGGUUUGUUAGACCCAUGUGAUGCUCUACUUGCUCAAAUCCACCUCGCAGUAAUGGCUUUGGCGAAAAAAACUUCUUCUAAAGUUAAAGUUUUAUGA